AUGAAUAGAAGGUCGUGGGUUCGAAUCCCAGCUAGGAUGGAAUCUGAUAUGGAGGACACACUUCUUGAAAACAACAGGGUCAAAGACUUGUCAGGGGAUUUUAACAUAAUUGAGGGCCUGUUUAAAGACCUUGAAUUUCCUGGCAUAGGUGAUGACCAAGCAGUUGGUGACUCUGUGAGUGCUGGUAUAAGAAACAAUUUUCCAGGUACUGUGACUGGUCAACAAAGUAACAACUCGGGUCCUGGUGGAGAAGUACCUGAUCAACAGAUAAGUUUGCUGGAAAUUGGGAAUUUAGACAAUAGAACAUCUUGUGACACUCAGGCAACUCAAAAUCUAAACACUCCGUUUCAGUGUCAUUUUUGCGAUGACAUGUUUUGUCGUGUUGAUUUGAGGACAAAACAUGAAGAAGAGAAGCACAAGGAGCAGCUAGAACAACAACAACAUCAACAACAACAACARCAAAGUGUCGGCAAUGCAUCGAAGAACAAACAAAAUGUAGCAAAGCAAUUUAAAUGUCAGUUUUGUGACAGAACAUUUCCUCACCAGUUUAGAGCAACAUAUCAUGAAAAACAGAAACACAAAGAUCUGUUUGAACAACAACAACAGCAACAACAACAGCAAGUUAUUGAUAACCCUUCAGAGAAGAAGAAAACCUUAGCAAAGAAAUUUAAGUGUCACUUUUGUGACAAAACGUUUACUCGUAAAUGCCAUCUGAAAUGUCAUGAAAAUAAGAACCACACAGAGCUGGUAGAACAACAAGAAGACCAAGAACUACAGAAUCUACAAAAACAAUUAAAGGAACAGCAAGAGCAGGAGAAACAAGAGAGGAAAAAACAACAGCAGAAACUCCAAGCAAGACUAAAUCAACAACAGCUACAGGGAAGUCAACAACAGCAAAAUAGCGAUCAACAGCAUCAGGAUCAACAUCCGGUUCAUCAACAACAAGGACAACAGCAUCAUGAAAGAGAACAACAACAGCAGCAGCCACAGCGUGAGCAGCAAGAUAAACAACAGCAACAGUGCAAAGAUCAGCAGCAACAACAACAACAGCAAGAACAACAGCACCAAGACCAACCACAUCAAGAACACCAAGAGCAACUUGAGGAAAACCAGCAACCAAGUAAUAAUGAAAUGCAUGUAAACUCCAGUCCCUCAAACGGUCAGCAAGGAGACACCACAAAACAUUACACCUGUGAGACCUGUGGAAAUAGCUUCCUAUCUAAGGCAUUAUUAACCGCUCAUUUAAGAACCCAUUUGAAGGCAUUUAAAUGCAGCGUCUGUGAAAAAUCUUUCAAGCGAAAGGACGUCCUUGCUAAGCAUGAAGUACUACAUUCUGGCGAGAGACCGUUCAAAUGCACAGGCUGUGACUCGUCGUUCAGGCAGAAAGCACAUCUUGAUAAGCACUUCAGAAAUAUCCAUCUUAAAGUCACUGAUGAUUCUUUGAAGUGUGAUAUCUGUAAUCGAGCUUUCAACUUACGAUCAAAUCUACGACGACAUCAACGUGUUCACAGUGACGAGAAACCAUUUAAGUGCAAUUCGUGUGAAAAGUCAUAUAAAGAUCCGUUUGCRUUGAAGAAACACCGAUCAAUCCAUGAACACAAUAAUGGGAAGCCAUUCCAGUGCAGCUCGUGUGACAAAUGCUUUAGGCAUUUGAAUAGCUUGAAGAAGCACCAGUCAACCCAUGACAACAAUAACGGGAAGCUAUUCAAGUGCAGCUCGUGUAAUAAUUGUUUUACGCAUUUGAAUGGCUUGAGGCAGCACCAGGCAACCCAUGACAACAAUAACGGGAAGCCAUUCAAGUGCAGCUCGUGUAAUAAAUGCUUUACGCAUCUGAAUGUCUUGAAGCAACAUGCAAGUCAUUGCCAACAACAGCAACAAAAACAUGAAAAUCAAGGGCAACAGUGCAAUACGAAGCCAUUUAUAUGCACUGUUUGUGGUAAAGUUUUCACGAGAAAGGACGGCCUGGCCAGACAUGAAUUUGGACAUUUGGGCAACAUCAAGCACUUGAAUGUGAAGAAAAGCCUUUCGAAUGCUCAGUUUGUAAGACGACUUUUGACACUAAAACUGAACUAG